AUCCUCACGUUCGAUACGUAGGGUGUUGAAAAUAUCUCACGUCUUGUCUGUGUGUGUGCGUGUGUGUGUCGGCAGCACGCAUGCACGCGGUCAUUCCCCGCAGAUAUCGUUUGUCGUUGAUGCGUGUGUUGUCCGAGGGGCCGAGAAACGGGUGAGGCCUUGCAGAUGGAGAUGGACGAUAACGGCCUACAGAGCUCUCGCUGUGACACAAGAUGGUCACAGCAACUGUCGGGCCUUCCUCGCAAGCUCCUGCAGCGCCUGAUGCCUUUCCAAAGGGAGGGGGUGGAGUUCGCCCUCGCCAGGAACGGACGAUGUAUGAUCGCUGAUGAGAUGGGUCUUGGGAAGACCGUGCAGGCCGUCGCCGUGGCGUACGCCUUCCGGCAGGAGUGGCCCCUCCUGGUGGUGGUGCCCUCGUCCCUGAGGUAUCUGUGGAUCGAGGAGCUGGAGCGGUGGAUCCCCGAGCUGCAGCCGGGAGACAUCAACCUGGUGGAGAACAAGAGCCACUCCAUGGGCAUCGCCAGCAGUAAGGUGACGGUGCUGGGCUACGGCCUGCUCACCACGGACGCGCGCCCCCUGGUGGACGCCCUGAGCCGGCAGCGCUUCGCCGUGGUCGUGGUGGACGAGUCGCACUACCUCAAGUCCAGAAACGCGGCGCGGACAAAGAUUCUGGCGCCCCUGAUUCAGGGCGCCAAGCGGGCCAUCCUGCUCACCGGGACCCCGGCCCUGGGUCGGCCCGAAGAGCUUUUCAUGCAGAUUGAUGCCCUCUACCCCAAAAGGUUCGGAACCUGGACAGACUACGCCAAGAAAUACUGCAACGCCCAAUACAGGUACUUUGGGUCUCGCAGGCAGUGGGACUGUCGCGGGGCGUCCAACCUGGAGGAGCUGCACCGCCGGCUGAGCGAGAUCAUGAUACGCCGCCUCAAGUCCGACGUGCUCAAGCAGCUGCCCCCCAAAGUCAGCCAGCGCAUCCCCUUCGACCUGCCCAAGGAGGCCGCCAAGGAGGCCUCGGCCAGCUUCGCGGAGUGGGAGAAACUGAUGAAGGGACUGGGGUCGGGGGACGUUGCCACGGACAACCCCUUCACUCAGGUCAUGGGCCUGGUCACACAGAUGUACAAGCAAACCGCGAUCGCCAAGGCAGGAGCUGUGAAGGACUACAUCAAGAUGAUGCUGGAGUCAGAGCAGCUGAAGUUCCUGGUGUUCGCCCACCACCUCACCAUGCUGCAGGCCUGCACUGAGGCCGCCAUCGAGGCCAAGGCCAGUUACAUCCGCAUCGACGGCAGCGUCCCGUCCUCCGAGCGAAUCCAGCUGGUCCACAAGUUCCAGAGUGACCCGGAGGUGAGGGUGGCCAUCCUCAGCAUCCAGGCAGCCGGUCAGGGUUUGACCUUCACCGCGGCGAGCCACGUGGUGUUCGCCGAGCUCUACUGGAACCCCGGCCACAUGAAGCAGGCGGAGGAUCGAGCUCACCGCAUCGGACAGAGCGCCUCGGUCAACGUGCACUACCUCAUCGCCAAGGGCACCUUCGACACCGUCAUGUGGUCCAUGCUCAACAGGAAGGAAACGGUGACCGGCAGCACCCUGAACGGCAGGAAGGAGUACCUGAAGGCGGACGAGGGCGACAAGGACAAGUGGGAGUUCCUCAACUUCGCCGACGCGUGGACGCCGAGCGAGAUGGUGCUGCCGCUGGAGGGCGCCGCGGGCAAGGCCAAGGACGACUUGUUCUUCACUCACUUUGAGAGAGACAAGCAGCACGACAUACGCUCCUUCUUGUCCCCGGGCGGCGGGACGGAGAAGAAGCGGAAGCGAAGGGACGACGAGGAGCCCUCUCCCUCCGUCUCCUCAGAGAGCGGCAGCAACUCUGGAACGAGAGGCGACGAAGGAGAGGCGUCCUGCUCCCUGGCCGACCUCUCGGACUUCUCCCCGCAGCUGAAGAGGCUCCGGACACCGCUGCGGGGUCGCGGGCGGCGCAGGUCGGCGGCGGCGGCUUGCAUCGGCGCCCCGGGCCCCUCCAUGGCCCCGCGGAGGCUGUCGGAGCCCCGCUGCGCCUUGCAGAAGUGGGGCUGCGCGGCCUGCACCUACUCCAACAGCGGCCUGCUGCCGUACUGCGAGAUGUGCGAGUUCCCGCGCUCUCCCUCCGGGGUCCACUCAGAGCCGUCCGGGACCCAGCAACCCUCCACGACCCAACGGGACCGGGGCUGCCACGUCCUCUCCGGUUCAGAGCCGGAGCUCAGCCGGGAAAAAGCCCCGAGUCCAAAACCGCUCACAAACAACCAGAGCAAUGAGGAGGAGGAGGAGGAGGAAGGCAAACAGAAAUCGGGAGAAGCGAAGGAGGAGGAGGAGGACAAGCGAAAGCUCAAAGACCGGGGGCCUGCCGGGUCCCUCCCCCCUGCUGCCGAGGCCCAUGGCGACAACGGGGGCCCCGACGGAGACGACGCCUAUCCCAUCCAUCCGGGCCUGCAGUUCUGCGCCAGCCAGUACACCGACCGCAUGUAUCUGUACUCCAAGGACGGGACUCCGUUGAACCUGAGCUUCGUCCCGCUGGACAUCAAGCUCGCCAACUGGGACGAGCUGCCCGAGGCCUUCAGCCGGCGCCGGGAAAACCGAACGCAGGUGCUGAGGUUCGUCCAGGAAUGGAGCAGCCUGGCCGCCAUGAAGCAGAAGCUGCUGCGCCGUGGCGGCCUCCUCUUCCACAGCCCGACUCUGGGCCUGCAGCAGCUGGCCGCCGCCAAGCGCCCUCACUCCAGCACCAAGAGGUACCUCGGCAAGGACGAGGUGGCCCAGGCCUCCCUGAGCAGGGCGCAGCAGGAGGGCGGCAGCGUCCGAGUGGUCACCAAGGAGAACCUCUUCACGAAGGGGAGGGCGGCCGCUUCGCCGACGCCACCCGCUUCAGAGAGGCAGGGGAAAGGGCGCCCGUGUGGGCGGCUGUUGGCGGCGAGCAGUCAACAGACGGCUAAAUGUGAUGGAUUUCUUCCGCCGGAGUCAGGCUACCUGCAGGCUGUUGACAGUGAGGGCGUCCCUCUGUGUCUGUCCUGCCAGGAGGCCUGCCCUACCACCGGGGGGGCCUGGGACACCCGCUUCUGCAGCCACAGGUGCCAGGAGGAGUUCCAGUUGCGCUCCAGCCAGACGUACAUGCGCUCGCGGGUGCUGGAGGUGGAGCAGGGCGUAUGUCAGCACUGCGGCCUCCACGCCCACGAGCUGUUCCUGAAGGUCCGCGACGCCCCGCCCCCCCAGCGCAAGGACAUGCUGGAGAACACCUGGCUCUCACAGCUGUCACUCAAAGAGCUGAACGAGAUGAUCCGCGCUCCGGUCGAAGGGGACUUCUGGCAGGUCGACCACAUCCGUCCGGUCUACAGCGGAGGAGGACAGUGCUCUCUGGACAACCUGCAGACGCUCUGCACCGUGUGCCACAAAGCCAGGACGGCUCUGCAAGCCAAGGAGCGCAGCAGGAUGAGGAAGAGUGCGGCAGCCUCCAAGGUUGCGUCAGAUAUCAGCAGGUUCUUCAUCAGGAAAUGAAUUGAGAGGUUUAGUAAAGAUGGUGGUAGGUUUAUAAACGUCUCUGAAUGUCAUUGUUGAGCCCCCCCGCUGCCGUGCUUGAGUGGCUGGAGAUGAUUCCCUCAAUCACAUUGAGGUAUUAGAAAUGCCUUUCUGACUGAUUGGUGGUACAAAGGCCGGACUUUCUCUUGAACAUACUCGUCCCACGUUGCAGCACCUGUGGCGAUUUACCCCCCCCCCCCCCCCCCUCACAAAAAGGAAAGAACAACAGAAAAUGAAAUGCUAAUUCAGCCACCUCCCCUCUCGUCCUCAAACCGUCACGGGUGCGGUAGUUUUGAUUUAUGACGGCCCCACUUUAUUCUCGUGUGUGCUCGAGGCUGAAGUGGAGCAGGCUGUUUUGAGAGAUGCUACUUUUUUCAGAUUUUUGCAAACUUGG